AUGUUCACAGUCCGACUUACGCAUGAAUGUCCCUUCGUACUGGACUUGUUCGAGCAACACGUCUCCCAGCAUUUCCGCGCCCUCGACUUCCCCCGGCUCUUUUGGCGCGGGUUUCCCGAUGAACCCAACCUUGUCCGCAAACAUUAUCUGCCCCUGGUCGAAGAGCUGGAACGAAUCAAAGCAGACCCGACUGCGCCUCCUCCGCCCUCUCCGCUGACACGACAUCAGAUCAUCACUCUGCUCGACAUGCUAGCCACCUCUGGCCGUCCAGCCGAUAUCGGCACCCUGAAAGCCAUGUUCGCGCACCUCCCGCUCUAUUUCGGCAUCCCUAUUACCCCCGACCUACACACAGCCGUCAUUUCUGCCUUUCUCAAGCAGGGAUACGUCCGAAUCGCUGUUUCGUGGAUUGCGAGCAUGCCAGACCUCCCGCCACACGUCCACCCAGGCCUGGAACACUUCCACACACUCUUGAAGGGCUGCCCGAUCCAUGUCCAGAUUGCGUACCUCCGCGACAUCGUCAUGCAUAAGAUGCCCGCUGCGGGUGUUCAGCCAGAAGAAGAGACGUUCGCCAUCUUGACGCGUCGCAUGAUCCAGAACGCAAGAGAGAACAAAAAGAACGUGCCUGUGGCCCACUGCACGGGCUUGUUCAGCGACAUGCAAGCCAUGAAACUGGCGUGUCCCUCCUCCAUCUUGGACCUUAUGACCGAUUUCUACAUGAGUCAAGGUCUGACGCAGUUUGCCGAAGCCGUGCGGGCUGACUACGUUGCGCGAUUUCCUCAAGAGCCCUCGGCGGAUGAAAAGCAGUUGCGGGAGUGGCAGACGACUUUGUUUUCAGUUGCCCAGUCUUCCGGUAUCGAGGUGGCGGCCAACCUCAUCGACAUUCUAUGCAAGCAAGGGCUCCCGCGAUCUGGCCUUGCCUUGCUGGCUAUCCUGGGACCCUCGUCUACCAGCGUGGAAGAUCUACGCACCGCAGAGAAGGCGUCUGGAAUCAGUGCGAGUGCGUCGGAGUACGCCUUUCUGAUCAACAACUGCUUGCGAACGAAACGAUUGGGUGAUGCCCAGGCCAUCUACGAGCAAGCGAGAGCAGCAGGAAUCGCGCCGGCGGCUUCCAUGGUCGGGCCUAUCAUCCGGGCUCUCACUUCCGGUGGCCGGAAUUCCGCACAUGAUACGAAUGUCGAUGCAGCCUUGACUCUGUACACUGAACUGGAUGAAGCUUUCUCUUCCGACUCGGCCGGCCCGGAGAACUCCCCCGGCCCCACCCUGGAUAUCUACACCUGUCUAAUGCACGGACUGGCCAACUGUUCGAACGUGAAGACGGCCUAUCCGAUUGCGCAGGCGCUCCUAUCCGACAUGGAAAGCCGAAAGAUGACGAGCAACCAGUCCAUCAUGACCUCUCGAGUGAUUCUUGAGAUGUGCUCUGCAGACAGUCUCGAAUUAGCGCUCAAGGCGUAUCGCAAGCACUACACGGAGCUCACUGACAUGGGCUACUGGGCCGUGCUCACCGCAUUCGUCCGCUUCUCCUUCACGCUGGGAUACCAGAACGCCAUGGAAUACUUCUACAUCAUCAUCUCGGACAUGGAAAAGGCGGGCUUCCGGAUGAACGACCGGCUAUACACCAAUGUUCUCCGCCAGCUCUCCGAGGUUGCCUCCGCCCGCAGAAAAGAGUGGCGACAGAAAAAUAUCGGGAAGGAGGUCCCGCCCAAGCUCUAUGCCGACAUCCUCGAUGCGACACGGCAGCUGCACAAUUCGGUCGUGCUAGACUCGAUGAUCCGGCCUGGGAUGCCUGUCUGGAACGAGAUCAUGGGCACCUAUCAGCGAUUGGGUGCAUUCGCGGACGCGUACCGGAUGUGGCAGCAUAUGUUCCUCACCCGGAGCUUUGGCUCCAUCACUGUCAGCACCAUCCUCGAAAGCUGCGACUCGGCGGAACGGGCGCAAUCCAUCGUGGCGGAUCUGUUGCAGAGCCGGUACGAGUUGACGCUGCAUAACUGGAACGCCUACGUCGAAUGUCUGGCCAAGAACCAGAACAUAUCGGAGGCACUCUAUGUGAUUUGCGAGAUGAUGGGGUCUGGUCAUCAGCCGGUCAAAGCGGACGCGUCGACAGUGUCAGUCGUGCUCAAGUCCGCUACGACUGAGCAGCAGCGCCAGUCGGUAUUACAAACGAUCGAGCGUCAGCGACAGCCGCUGUACGCGUCGUUGCCGGAGUCGAUGACGCGACCCCCAUAA